CGGCGGCGCGCAGGCGCAGAGGGCGCGGCGGCUCCGGGAGCAGCUCCGGGAGCAGCUCCGGGAAUUGCACCGGGAAUCGCACCGGGAGCCGCGGCCAUGCCGGGGCUGCUGCUGGGGGAUGAGGCGCCCAACUUCGAGGCGGACACCACGCAGGGCCGCAUCCGCUUCCACGACUUCCUGGGAGACUCGUGGGGCAUCCUGUUCUCCCACCCGCGGGACUUCACCCCCGUGUGCACCACGGAGCUGGGCCGGGCGGCGAAGCUGGCCCCCGAGUUCAGCAAGCGCAACGUGAAGAUGAUCGCGCUCUCCAUCGACAGCGUCCAGGACCACCUCUCCUGGUGCAAGGACAUCAAUGCCUACAACGGGGAACAGCCUGCAGAGAAGCUGCCCUUCCCCAUCAUUGCUGACAAGAACCGGGAGCUGUCCGUCAAGCUGGGCAUGCUGGACCCGGACGAGCUGGACAAGGACGGGAUGCCCCUGACCGCGCGUGUGGUGUUCAUUUUUGGCCCGGAUAAGAAGCUGAAACUCUCUAUCCUGUACCCAGCCACCACUGGGAGAAACUUUGAUGAGAUCCUGAGAGUGGUGGACUCCCUGCAGCUCACAGCAUACAAGAAGGUCGCUACCCCUGUGGACUGGAAGCCCGGUGACAGCGUCAUGGUUGUGCCCACCUUACCUGACGAGGAAGCCAGGAAGCUCUUCCCCAAAGGAGUCUUCACCAAGGAGCUGCCGUCGGGCAAGAAGUACCUGCGCUACACCCCGCAGCCAGAGUGAGGGGUCGGUCUGUCUGUCUGUCUGUCCGUCCUGCUGGGAUGCCGGAGCCUCCCCGAGCCCAGCUCCUGCCCCUCCGACACCGCACGAUCCACGGCCUCGUCCCGUCACGCCGCUGCUGCGUGGCAGCACUAAACCAGCCCUCCCGUCCCCUCCAGCCCACGCCCCCUCAGAACCAAACCCUGGCUGUUCUCCUGCCUCGCACCAGCCCUGCCAGGACGACACGGGCAGGCCACUGGGGACCCUGGGGCUCCUGCUGUGGUGUCUCUCCCGUUUAGUCCCAGCCAUGAGGCGUGGUGAGAAGGGGUGUCCUGCUGGGACAGGGAGCUCUGGAGGCUCCAAGCUGCUGCGUGCCUUUCAGAGUAGCCAUCUAACCUUUGGUCCCAUGAGUAGGGGAGGAGCUGCAGAGCCAGAUCUCUCACCUCUUAACUGCUUUCUCGUCUCUUGCUGGAAGGUGACGGUUUCCAGGUUUUGUGGAAGAGGGAAUCAAGCAAAUAAACUGACCUUCAGUACUA